CCUUUUUGUUUUUCUUAAAAGUGACAGCCUAUACGCUUUAGCAAUACGUACCUUGCAACUAAACGUAAUUCGAUCCGGGAGAAACCUUGGAAAAACUCCUUCGCAGAAGAGGAGCGUUCUAUCGACGGACUAAGUCCGGCGAUCGAAGGGUUGGGCGUGGACUUUGGAACCAGUGUAAACCGAAGGAGAGGGAUAAAGGAGAAGACGAAACUGAAAAUCUCAUUCGAUCUUUGUGGUUUGGAUAAGAAGACCGAAUUCGAUCAGAAUUGGCAUUACGAAUUGCCAGGCUUCAAUUUUAGCUGUCACCUUUGCUUUAUUGGAUAGAGUUGCUCCUCAUUAUAAGUACAGCAAACAAGGGGCACCGUUGAAGUUGCUCAUUCAGAUAAUCAUAGAUCAGCAAGAUAGGAAGAUAUAAGAAGCCCGUAGAAAACUGGAAAAUGGAGCUGAGUACCAUAAAAGAUGCAUUUGAUCGUGUUGCAAAGAAACAGAGGCUGUCUUCUUCCAAAGCCCAAGAAGUAAUUGAUCAGGUUGGGCGAGAAAUUGAGCAGGCACUGACAAAAAUGCACUCUGUUCAUGACUCAACUUCCUCAUCUGAUCAGAAAUCCAUCCUCAUGGAACUUAACAGUAAGCUGAAUGAGAUGGGCCCACUCAAGCAGCUAGAAGGUUCACAGAAGGAGUUGAAUGUAGCAUUGAGCAAGUAUGCAAAAUUGCUUGAGAAAUCAUUCAACCCUGAUAUAUCCAAGGCAUACAGGAAUGUAGAUUUUGACACACACACAGUAAACCAAAUUAUUGCAGGCCAUUUUUAUCGGCGAGGUUUGUUUGAUCUUGGGGAUUGUUUCAUAAAUGAAUCUGGGGAAUCAGAGGCCACGUAUCUGAAAUCUCCAUUCCUGGAGAUGUAUCAGAUACUUGAGGCAAUGAAGUGUAGGAACCUUGAACCUGCACUCAAUUGGGCUACCACCAAUUGUGAGAAGCUCAUGCAGAACCGAUCAAGCCUCGAGCUGAAACUUCACAGGUUGCAGUUCGUGGAGAUACUGCAAAAAGGAACCAGAGCUGAUGCACUUACGUAUGCUAGGACUUACCUUGCUCCUUUUGCUUCCAGGCAUAUGGCUGAGAUUCAGAAGCUCAUGGGCUGUCUAUUAUGGGCUGGAAGACUUGACUGCUCUCCCUAUGCUGAAUUUUUGUCUCCCACCCAUUGGGAGAAGCUGGCUGAGGAGCUGACCCAGCAGUUCUGUUGUCUCUUGGGGCAGUCCUUUGAAAGCCCCUUGAGUGUGGUGAUAGCAGCAGGGGUUCAGGGAUUGCCUACCUUGCUGAAGCUGGCAAACGUGAUGGCUAGUAAGAAGCAGGAAUGGCAAGCAAUGAAGCAGUUGCCAGUUCCAGUGGACUUGGGGAGCGAGUUCCAGUUUCACUCAAUUUUUGUUUGUCCAGUUUCCAGGGAUCAAGGUAGUGAAGAGAAUCCACCAAUGCUUAUGCCCUGUGGUCAUGUGCUUUGCAAACAGUCCAUUGUGAAGCUGUCAAAGAGCAGCACACGCACCUUCAAGUGUCCAUACUGUCCACUUGAGGCCACGGUGGCAGUGUGUAGGCAGCUCUAUUUCUGAUACAUGGUCACAAUACAAUUUGAUGGGGGUAUGAACACCUCUCUCUCUCUCUCUCUCUCUCUCUGAACUGAAAGGAAGUUGUGUUUUGUAUCUGGUUGAUGAUGUAUUGGUGGUGGUGACAAGGGUGGUUGGUGUAUGUAUGCUUGUAAAUAGAAAUUCUUUCUAGAUUCUUGUUGGAUGCCCCUAAUGCAUAAAUAAAACUUUUUUCUUGUUUAGUAAA